AGCGACCCAGGGCGCCGACGGAGGGGCAUAAUCAAUGAAACAGACUUUGUACCGAUCUCUCGCGGUAUACCCGGAACUUUUCACCUCCGUCAGAUACGUCCGAAUAGCACACGACCAGUAACCGUCCCUCGAAAUACUACGCGCACGGUUUGUUGGCGUACGAUAACGUGCGAGUGUACGAAUCGGUUACAUUAUUAUUAUAUUAUCUCCAUUUUUUUCCCUCGUCGUUCGAUCAUAUAAUAUCAUAUUACCUAUAUUAUUAUAUUGUGCGUUGUGUGAUCCGCAUUACUGUUAUGGUGUUUACGCGACACAGACCACGUUCCAGAGGACCAAAAAUUACAGUUGUUGACAAGAAAAAUGAACAGCACGCAAACGGCGCUUGAACACACCGAAAUACCCAACGAGGCGGACUGGGCUCUGCAGGGAGACAUUCCGGACAGCAUCAAUGCUACUGGACUUCUAGCUGAAGACUUGGAGGAGUAUGGAGGUCUGACUGAAAUACAAACAUUGAUUUUAGCAUGCGUACCCACAGUCAUACCCCUAUUCUUGGGGCUUCUACUCGUUCUCGGCGUGAGGAUGGUGUGGAAAAAAUACAAAAAAUCACAAUACCAACAGCGGCUAUGACAAUGACGGACUGCGCCGCGAAGACAGUUGCGAUGCGGUCAAGAGUUCGAGCUUCAUGCAGAGCGCUGAAGAGCUUAAGACCAGCGAAUCGCAGUAUUCCGUUCUGAUGCCUGACGAUGUGGCGUCGGCGGCGGUGUGUUGCUAUGCUGCGGCGAACGGUGCUUCCGCGCCACUGCCACCGCUGUUGUACAAUAGUCCACCCAACAAUCGUUUUGGAGACACGAACAAAACGAACCUGAACGGGAGCAUUAUCACGUUGACGAUGAAAAACAACCAUCUGAUCGUGGAGACCGAGGAAAGAGUGCCGGGCGUUUGUAUGGCAUCGGCUAGUGAAGUGGCGGCGGCGACGGCUGCCGCUGCCGCUGCGGCCGAAGCAGCAGCCAAAUCGAUGGACUACGAGUACGACGACGACGAGUUCGACAUGGAGGCCGAAAUGUUGCGUCGCGAAUUCCGGGAGGCGUCCCUGUUGGCCAACGGCGACGGCGGCCCGGCCACUAUCAAUCCGGCCGUGCUCGAACCCAGCAGCCAGACCCAGGUGGACCUGACGGUGGACCGUAGGCCGACCGCAUCCGUGGCCGUCCAACCACCACCGCACCAGCUGCAACCGGUGGCCGCCGACCACUCGAGUGGCGGCUCAUCGUCAGUCGACUCGCGCGUGGCCGAAAUGGCGUACGCUUAUGGCAAUCAGUCCGAGUACACGGCCGAAGACGUUCCGAGUAAACAUUGCGGUAAGGCCUUCGCUGUCGUCAAGUCAGCGGCGGUGGCGUCUUCGGUGACCGCGGUUACCGUCAACAACAGCUACAACAACAACAACAACGACGACGAGUACCUUGUUGAACAACGUUUGUUAGGAAACGGCGCGGACGGCGGCGGCGGUGGCUGCACUGGUAACGGUAACUCCGCCGAAUCGCCACCGCCGAAUACCGAUAAUUGCUCACCAGAAGAUUGCGGCUUGGCGUCCGCCGCCGCCACUGCCACCGUCUCCCAGUAACUACAACGACACUUAUUAUAGUGCGUUUGUGUGUGUAUACGUUAGUGUUUAUAUGAUUAUGAAUGUGAUUGUGUGUGAGUGUGUGUGUAUGACUUUAGAUUUACGUUUGAGUAUAUUUUUAUUUUCUUCCAACAUCACUGUCGAAGUUUACGGCUGUUUUCUUACGAUUUUUGGAACGACAAAAUAACUUCAAAUGACAUGCAAUGGAGAAAUCACGCGUUCAAAAUCAAACGAAAAAAUCGACUGAAAUUUUCAAUCUCUAAAAAUUCAAAUGAUCCUAAUGAUGUGUUAUUUAUUCUUCACCAUACCUACAAAGCAAAACAGAUUGAUUUUUAUUUUCUUAUCCAAUACAACCGACGGAGUAUAUUGUAUUCGAUAUCGAGUCUGUUAAUAUUUAACAAAAGUAUUCUGCUAAUGUUGUUUUUGAUCUUCUUGUGUGAUUGGUAUUUUUUAAACUUGAGACUAUAUUUUGGAUUCUGACGCUAUAAUAAUAGACAUUUUCCAAAACCUGCAGUGAUGAAUCUCAACACUGCAGGUCAGUCUUUUAUCCGUAACGGACCAUAAUAUUGGUUUUUUCGACAUUUUACGCGUCGACCGGCUUAACACGUGAACGGUUCGACUGAAACACAUAAUGAUUUUUGACGAGCAAUUCACAUUAAAAACGGGAUCCGAGAAAUUUUCAAAUGCUGCGUAUUAACCGUUAUCUGGGUGCUGUCAUUUUACUCGCAGCAACGUGCAGAACUAGAGAACUAAUUUUAUGGGGAGGAGGUGUAUUACGUAUUAUACUUACGCCAACCCCGUCGAUAUAAUAUGAUAUAGUAUAUUAUUAUUAUUAUUAUUAUUAUUAUUCUUUCUCCAUGCAAUAAUUUUAAAACCCUAACCGAUUUGUAGUGUAAACAAAACUGACGUGGUAAAAUAAUAAAAACUGAAAAUUGCUUUACCGCGUUAUGACAGGUCGACGUUAUGAUGUGUGCUUCGACCACCACUGCACUCAAUAUUUAUAUUAUUACAAAUACCUAUAAAUGUAAAUAUAAUAGGUAUAAUAACAUGCUAUCAUCGUAUAUAAUAUAAACAUCUAUACACUCAUGUACCGGGCGAUCCCUGAAAAAUGUUGUUUGUGUUAUUUAACAACAAUCAUAAUCGGUCCGUUACUAUAAUAUCAUGGGUUAUGUGACGAUAAUAAAUAGAUUGUAAACUAAACGUUAAUCGACCAGCCAAAUAAAAUGCAAGUGUAUAAAUUAUUACAUAAUAUUAUAUAUGGUAUUAUGUGAGUGUGAAUUAUAGUCAAUAUGUUUGGCCAAAGUGUAGGUACCUACUCUGUGUAAAUCGAUUAUAAUACAUAUAUAUCAUGCAUACAUAUGUGUGUGAAAGAGAGAGUGUUUACCCCAAACCCGCGGCGUACAAAAUUAACAUUUUACGAUUAGAUAAAAAUUAUUACCACGAUUUCUCGACGUCGAGGGUUGGUUAUUUCCGAAAUUAUAAUAUUAAUAUGAAACAGUAUCUCGAAAGUUCUGAAGUUUAUCAGUCGAUAAUUAUUUUGGCAACGGAAAAUACACAAAAACCAAUACGAAUAAUAUGGAGAUGUUCUACGUCGCAUAAUCAAUUUCACGAUUUAAUAUUUUCACUUCAUAAUAGGUACCUACAUAUAAUAUGCGACGCAAUUCGAAGAUCGAGAACUGCAACAGUCAUGCCGUCGCGGGUAGUUAAACAUUAUGAUAUUACGGUGAUGUCGGGAUAUUAUAAUGCUUACUGUUGUUUGAUAUUUAAAUAAUGUGUCAAACGCGAGUGGGAACAGACCGCCCGGUGUCAGUAGGAACUGUUCUGGGGAAAAAGUUAACUAGAAAGUAAUUUAUUGAAAUCAAAACUUUGUUUCUGAAAGACAAACAUCAUAAGUUUGUUGUGUUUAUCUUAGAUGUAGGAUACACCGUAUAAACAAACAGUGUAGGUGGUACACUUUAACACUUACUUCCUUUCGAUUAUUUAUUUCCAACGCUUUUUUCAUUAUGAUUAUUAUGAUUAUUUUAUAGUUUCCGUCGUUUUACUUUUGUGACGUGCCUGCGUUCCGUAAAAUCAAUUUAAGUAAGAAGUACAUAAAUACAUAAUAAUAUUAUGUUGAUCGUGAAAUUCGUCGAGAGUUGUUCUUGGCGGAUUACAAAUACCUUCGAGUCCGUGUACAUAUAACUUGUGUAAAUAAAUCUAAAUACGUCCAAAUACUCAAUCGUAUAGUAUAAUAUUUAAAGUUUAUCUCAAAACUUAAUCUAGUCAGUUGUAUUAUAUGUAAAAUUAUAUAAUUAUAUUAUAUAUAAAUGUCUAUGUCGAGCGUUAUAGUUCCUAUAAUAUAUAACGUAAAAUGUAUAACUAAUAAUAUGAUGAUUUCAAACUAAUUAUGUUUUUACACCUCAAUAGGUUAGUCCAGUGGCUGUUCAUUUAUUUAUAAUACUUUACUAAUUGUAUCUUUAUAAUAUAUAUAUAUAUUAGCACUCGGCCAGAAUUGCGUGUAUUAAGCUUGGGAAUUUAUGAUUAAAGGCUCGUUUCGAUUUAAAACAUUUGUAUUUAAACAACGCAGUGACCUAAUGGUCGUUAAUACCGACUCUGGUCAAGGUAUAUAUCAAUAUAUUAUAAUAAUACGACAUUGUACCAAAUAAUUUAAACAACGCUAAAAUACGUUACGGGCAAAAUAUGAAAUCGGAUGUAGUACACAGUGAACCCGGUUGAGCUUGCGCCCAAUUACAAUGGUAUAAACGUAAGAAAAUGAAUGCAUUGUCGAGAUAUUGUACACGACAGAAAAAUAUCGCUGGGCGAUGUAUGUCAUCAAUGACCAAUAUUUAGUAUAUGAUUUAUCAUCGUUUUGUUUGUCGUCUUAUGACCAAAGUCAUGUACGUAAUAUUACUAUGGUGUAAAGAAUACAAAUACUCUUGUAAGACCAAUGUUCAAACUUGACUAGGAUACAAAUUACUCAUAUAUUAUCAUAUUAUCUAAUCUACAUAACUUUUGUGCCAAUUGUUUAAUGAUCAUAUUAUAUUAAAAAUUUACUUGUCUGGAUAAACUUAAUGACCUUUAGAUAAAUACUUAAGUAAAAACUUACGAAAAAUGAGAAAAAAAAACAGUAAAAUCAUGAUUUCGUCCAAUUUGAGUGUUGUCAUUUCUUCGUAAUUCCAAAAUUACACAGAAUAUGUAAUUUAGCUAACCUUUGGAUUUUUUAAGAUCUGAACAUAUUUAAUAUAAUGUUAAAAUUACGUCAUUCUAUGUUUUAAAUAAUCUCAAUAAUUUGUAUUGUAUAAGCUCAAAAUGUCUAAUUUAUAUAGUUUUGUCCAAUUUUUUUUUUUAUUUCUUUACUUAUUGAAAUACAAUAUUUAAAUCUAUAGCAAAGAAAUGAUUUUAUCUACCAAAUUAUCUAGAUAGAAAUUAGAUGAUUUUUUUUUCAUUAUCUAGUUGAAAUUAAAAUCAAUGUAUAUCUUCAUGUACCUAGAUAAAUGUAUAAUGUACAAUGAUCAUUAUCUGUAUUUGAUCUAGAUGUCAUUUUUGUAAUUUAUUCUCAACACUGUAAAACCCAUUUCGUGUAUAAAUUAAUAGAGUGGUAUAAUGUGAAUCGUAUUCGGCACAUCAUCGAUUACCGAGUUUUCGGGUAAUCGUAUUAUCAUUAUGUUUGCCUAUCAUUAUUUAUUUUAUUCCACGUCAUAAUUUAUACUCUGAAACAAUGCCAUAAUAUGGGAAAUAUUACAAUUCACGUUGGCAAAAACGUUCGAGCGUUGUACCUAUAUUAUUUUUCUAUUUCCUAGUUUGUCCGUAACGUUUAUAUUAUAAUAUAUAGGACCCACGUCUUACACAUACGUCGCACAGGGUGCGUCUACUCCGCGCAAAAUACUUUGAAAUAAUACUAUGUGUGUAUCUUAUUAUCUCUAUCGGCAUAUGUGUCCCUUAUUUCCCACCCCCGACCGACACCGUUGACCAGUCUCCGUUUUUUUUUUUUUUACACCCACAUCAAUCCAUCGGAAACUCCGCCGGACGAGCAGCUCCGCGUGACCCGGUGAGUCCUAUACACACUCGGGACUGCGCUUUUUAGGAUACGAUAAGUCAACUUGAUUCUAUCCUAUCGUCGUCUACACUACCAUAGUGGUGACUACGAUACCAAUCGAUAUUAUUAUUUCUGCUGCAUAAUAAUAUUAUGUGGGACGUGGGUACACAGAGCGUUAAGAAUAGCAAACGUAUUUUUCUCCGACGUUUAUUAUUUUUAUACACUUUUCGGGAAUUUGUCGACUAGCCGAAUAUGGACGAAUAAAAAAAACGAGUUUUUUACAAAGGUGUGGGCGAACAUUAUAAAGUGUACAGUGUCCGGCCAAUAGCGCAACCCUGUCAGCUGAUGUAUAGCCACGCGAUCCGACCAUAUAAAUGGGCCCGUCGCCCAUCCAAUUGAAGCGUUUUCCAUCGAUCGAGUGUACUAGCAAAAUCACAUUAUUAAUACGAAUUUCAUUCUUUUUUUGUUUUCAACUCAACACAAGCGAUCGAGUUUCGAAAAUACUGAUGACGCGCUUGAGUGUGUUUAUGUGUGCGGUGUGCCCGAUCGUAUUCAUAUAAGACUAUAAAUUAUAUUAUUUAAAAAAAAAAAAAAAAACAAUAUUAUACAAAAUACAUUG